CCUUCCCUCCUGUCCCACACUCCGCAAAGGCCUGCCUGCCUGCCGUUUUGCCUGGGUGGGGCAGGCUCCUUCCUGUGGGGGAAGAACCCGACACUCUCCCAAGUUCCAUCUUUCUCCUCCCACCCCCUGAAAAGCAGGUUUGGCCUCCAUUUCCCUUUCUCCUGCAGGGCGCGGAAGAAGCCGUUGCCCGUCCGGUUUCUCCUGGAUGCGCCUCUCCUCUGGGAGUCCUGCUUGGUCCUCUUUCUAGCAGGCUCGAAGGGGAAGGAUUCUUUUAACUUUUACCGAGGACGGCUCUCAUUUGUUCUCCUUCUACCGCUCCUCUGCUUCUUCCCUCCUUCCUCUCCAACUUGCCUGGAAAACUCCCACAGGCUUGACAAGCAGCCCAGGUGUAGCUCGCCCGCUUGCGAAAGGCGCAGCUCAGGUAUCGGAGGUGGAGACUCCUCACCGGUUGGAUGAGGAAGGCCAACACUUCCUCCCUCCGGGCUGUGCUGCGGUUGUACUUUGCUCCUUGGGAAGGAAGGUGGUGCUUGGGGGCCAGCAGCCCACAAAGAAGAAGCCGUAAUGCGUCGGCAGAGGCCGUUCCCACGGGGCAGCCUGGCAGCCUGUUGAGCCCCUUUUGAUCCUCGCUUCGCUGUCAUCGGGGAGACACCGAGGCCCGAAGGAAUCUGGCAUCUGACUUAUCUCAGUCUAAGGCCUGCAUGGAUCAGUGAGAGACAGACACCCCCCCCCCCAACUUCCCCACCCGGCUGGCAACGUCUCCCCGGCUGGCAACGGGGCGCCACGGAGUAAAAGAGGCAGCGGCAGGCCGAGAGGCCGCCGUGCGAAGCGCCGAGGCAGACGGUUUUUAAUGAGUGGAGAAAACGGAUACCGAGCGACAAUGGGAGUACCGGCCUUGGGACACCCAGAUUCCAAGACCAGCGGCAAGGCCAACAUGCUUCGAGGGCGCAUCCCUGCCACCUCCGCCGACGAGCAGCCCCACAUCGGGAACUACCGCCUGCUGAAGACCAUCGGCAAGGGCAAUUUUGCCAAAGUCAAGCUGGCGCGCCACGUUUUGACGGGGAAAGAGGUGGCUGUGAAAAUAAUCGACAAGACGCAGUUGAAUUCCUCCAGCUUACAGAAGCUCUUCCGGGAAGUGCGAAUAAUGAAGGUUCUGAAUCACCCGAAUAUAGUUAAAUUAUUUGAAGUCAUAGAGACGGAUAAGACGCUGUACCUCGUCAUGGAGUAUGCCAGCGGAGGUGAAGUCUUUGACUACUUAGUGGCUCAUGGAAGAAUGAAAGAGAAGGAAGCACGGGCAAAAUUCCGACAGAUCGUUUCUGCUGUGCAGUACUGUCACCAAAAAUUCAUUGUACAUAGAGACUUGAAGGCAGAAAAUCUGCUCUUAGAUGCCGACAUGAACAUCAAGAUUGCAGACUUUGGCUUCAGCAACGAAUUCACGUUCGGCAACAAGCUUGACACAUUCUGCGGGAGCCCCCCGUACGCCGCGCCCGAAUUGUUCCAGGGCAAGAAGUACGACGGGCCCGAGGUGGACGUCUGGAGCCUCGGGGUUAUCCUCUACACACUGGUCAGCGGCUCCCUGCCCUUCGAUGGGCAGAACCUCAAGGAGCUGCGAGAACGGGUUUUGAGGGGGAAGUACCGCAUCCCCUUCUACAUGUCCACGGACUGCGAGAACCUGCUGAAGAAAUUCCUCAUCCUGAACCCUAGCAAGAGAGGCACUUUAGAGCAAAUCAUGAAAGACCGCUGGAUGAAUGUGGGUCACGAGGACGAUGAAUUGAAGCCUUACGUGGAACCUCUGCCAGACUAUAAGGACCCACGACGGACAGAGCUCAUGAUCUCUAUGGGGUACACCAAGGAAGAAAUCCAAGAGUCCUUAGUCAGCCAGAAGUAUAAUGAAGUGAUGGCAACGUAUCUGCUGCUAGGUUACAAAAACUCAGAGCUUGACAACGACAGCAGCACCCUCAAACCUCGCCCCCAGCCUGAGCUCGCCAACAGCACGGUCCCCUCCCCUUCGCACAAGGUACAGCGCAGCGUCUCCGCCAACCCCAAGCAGCGCCGCUUAAGUGACCAGGUACCCAACCUCCCGACGUCCACCUCUUACUCCAAGAAAACACAGGCUGCCAACGCUGAGAACAAGAGGCCCGAAGAGGAGAGAGAGGCCGGGCGCAGCAAGGCUGGGAGUACCGUCAAAGUGCCCGCCAGCCCCCUGCCAAGCCUGGAGAGGAAGAAAAGCACCCCCAUGCCCUCUACGAACAGCGUCCUCUCGACCAGCACAAACCGGAGCCGCAAUUCGCCGAUGCUGGACCGAGCCAGCUUGGGCCAGAACUCGAUACAGAACGGCAAAGAUAGCCUAACCACUCCGGGCUCCAGGGCCUCUACCGCCUCCGCUUCCGCCGCCGUGAGCUCCGCGCGCCCGCGACAGCACCAGAAAUCCAUGUCCGCCUCGGUGCACCCCUCCAAGCCCACGCUGCCCCCUACCGACAAUCACUGCGAGGCCCAGCGACCUAGCACGGCCCCCCAGCGGGCUCCCGUGGCCUCCCCUUCCGCCCACAACAUCAGCAGCGCCCUCCCCGAGCGCACCAACUUCCCGCGGGGCAUCCAGAGCCGCAGCACUUUCCACGCUGGGCAGCUCCGGCCGGUCCGGGACCAACAGAACCUCUCCUACGGCCUGACGCCCGCCUCGCCUUCGGGCAACAGCCAAGGACGGAGAGGGGCGUCGGGCAGCCUCUUCAGCAAGUUCACCUCCAAGUUCGUACGCAGAAAUCUGUCUUUCAGGUUUGCCAGAAGGAACCUGCAUGAGCCCGAAAGCAAAGACCGCGUGGAGACCCUCAGGCCUCACAUGAUGGGUAGUGGCGGCGGCGGCGAGAAAGACCGGGACGAGAACCGGGACGCCAAGCCGCGAUCGCUGCGUUUCACCUGGAGCAUGAAGACCACCAGCUCCAUGGAGCCCAACGAGAUGAUGAAAGAGAUCCGGAAGGUGCUGGACGCGAACAGUUGCCAGUGCGAAUUGCAGGAGAAAUACAUGCUCCUGUGCAUGCACGGGGCGCCCGGCCACGAAGCCUUCGUGCAGUGGGAGAUGGAAGUUUGCAAACUGCCCCGCCUCUCGCUCAACGGAGUCCGCUUCAAGCGGAUAUCGGGCACUUCCAUGGCCUUCAAGAACAUUGCCUCCAAAAUCGCCAACGAACUCAAGCUUUAACGGGCCACCCUCACGGGAGAAAAAGGGGCGCGGGAGGGGGGGGGAGGAGGCGCCUGGCCUGCACACGCGACGGAGGGGGAGGUGGGGGCGUCAGGAGGAAGAGAGCCGCAACUUCACUUUUGAGAGGGGCCCCGGGUGCCGGGCCAUGCAGGCAAAGGAUGGGUGGGUAGGGCAAAAUAGGGGGGAAGGUGGAGGGAGGUAUCCCCCCCCCACGCCUCUCCCUCUCCCCACGCCUCCCCUCCCACUGAUGGAUCUCCAUGGAGACAGGGUGCGUGGGAUUGUGGUUGGCAAGCCACCUAGCUGGUCUCCGUGGCAACAGGAACGGGAGGGUACCAAGGGCUGUCUGUCGGAUGAGGAAGCAUCCCUUUUGGUCUCCGUGGCGACCGUGGUACUUUUUCUUCCUCUUUUUUUUUUUCCUUCUCCCCCUCCCUCUCUUUUUUCCCCCCUUUCCUUCUUCUACAUGAGACAGGGUUUGCCAUGUUACCAAACUGCAACAGAAAAAGCAGGGACUCUCUUUCCCCCCCCCCUCGGGAACAGGGGGAGUCCUUUCCCCCGUCCCCCCUGCCCCUCCUAGACUCCAGGUUCGAAAUCCGGGUCAGCCGAGGAGGUGGCAGCAACUGUGGCAGCAGGUGGUUGGGAUGCGGGGGGGAAGCAGCCACUGGGACCCCUUGCCUGGGGAAACGGGAUCUCGUUCUUUUUGGCCAACGAUGGAAGCCAAGUGCCUCCUUGCUUCCGAGGUGUGUGUCUCCCCCCCUCCCCUUGCUUGGUCCCUGCAGAUGGCACCUCUCCCCCAAACACACACACGCACCCCGCAGACAGACCCCCCCCCUCACAAUCCUCCCGAGGUUCUUCUUUUUUUUUUUUUUUUUUUUUUUGCUCUUCCUUGCUAAUUGGGGGAGCCGCCGGUGGGGUUGAGCGGAAGGGAGGGUCGGGGAAGGAGGGCCGCCGAGAUGGCACAGCCACCUGAUCCAUCACUCCUUUGUCCCCCCUCCCCAUGUCCCCUCCCCUUUAUGCAGGCAUGGCGGUAGAGGGCCACUCUCUGGGCUGGUCAGCGCCCUGUUUACACACACAACGUCCAACGGGACCAUCCCUCGGUCCAGUGGAGUCCAGUUUCCUGUCUUGAAUGCUGCAUUCUUUGGGGGGGGGGGGUUGUUAGCCUUCUUUUUCCCUUUCCUGGCAUGUCUUUCUGUUGUCCCCCCAAACACGGCGGGAGGUCGCAUCUUCUCCACUUUGGAUGUUCAGGAUGGGUUGGGUCCAAGAACUUUUGGGCCUGCUGUUUUAGCCCCGGUCCUGUGGUCACAGGUACGCUGCCCCCCACCCACCCCCUGGCUUUCUGGAGAGCUGGGGGGGAUUUCUACUGAAAACAGAGGGGGGGGAGGAACGACCCACAGCUUCUGUUCCUCCCCCACCCACCCCAAUUUUUAUUUCCCUUUCCAAAGC